AAUAAAACAAUGGGGAUGCCAGCUGCAGGAAAACCCAGAAGAAGAAGACGAAGACUCCUCCCCUCUCGGCUUGUCACAUUGUCCAACAUGGCUGCGUCCAUGGCGAGGACCUGUAGUUACGUAUCGCGGCGUAUAUCAUGUUUUCUUCUGAAGCGUUUACAUCCGCGCCUCGCUCUCCGGCACAGAUUUCACGGCUCUGCUGUCGCACACAACGGGCUGCUGCUGUCUCUGAACAAGCGGGGCAUUCUGAAGGACUCUUUUCCUGAAAACGCAGCGCAGGACCAGCUGCCCCGUCUGCUGCAGUCCGGUUCUCAGACGGUGUACUGCGGAUUUGACCCCACAGCGGACAGCCUUCAUGUGGGCAACCUGCUGGCUCUCAUCGGCCUGCUUCACUUCCGCAGCGCCGGGCACCAUGUGCUCGCUGUGCUCGGAGGGGCCACGGCGCAAAUCGGCGACCCCAGCGGGAAAACGAGCGAGAGGGAGCGGCUCUCCGCGGACUCGAUUGAGGCAAACACGCACAGCAUCAGGGAGAGCAUCCAGAGGAUUUUCACCAACCACGAACUGUACUUUCACGACGGCUCCAGAGAGCUAGGCACCGUGACCGUGCUGAACAACCGGAGCUGGUACAAGGACUGGGACGUGGUGGCGUUUCUGUCCGAGGCCGGCAGGCACUUCAGGAUGGGCACCAUGCUCAGCCGCCACAGUGUGCAGUCCCGGCUCAAGAGCGCAGAGGGUAUGAGCCUGACAGAGUUCACCUACCAGGUUUUCCAAGCCUAUGACUUCUACCACCUCAACCAAAUAUAUGGCUGCAAGAUCCAGCUCGGAGGCACCGAUCAACUGGGCAAUUUGAUGAGUGGACACGAAUUCAUUCAUAAAGUGAGCGGUGAGGAGGUGUAUGGGCUGACCCUUCCUCUGGUGACCAGCUCAGUGGGCGACAAGCUGGGGAAGACAGCAGGCAACGCAGUGUGGCUCAACAGAGACAAGACCUCUCCAUUUGAGCUCUACCAGUUCUUUCUCAGACAACCUGAUGCCAGUGUGGAAGGGUACCUGAAGUUGUUCACCUUCCUGCCUCUGGCAGAGGUGGAGAGGGUGAUGGAGCAGCAGAGGGAGGAGCCAGGUAAACGCCUGGCCCACAAACGACUGGCCGCCGAGGUUACCAAACUGGUGUACGGCAAGGAGGGUCUGGAGAGUGCUAAAAGAUGCACCAACGCGCUGUACCAGGGCAGUGUGCAGGCCUUAGAGCAGAUGAGCGACGAGGAGCUGCAGGAGCUUUUCAGAGAGGCUCCUUUUCAUGAGCUGUUGCUGGAGGCAGGAACAACGGUGAUAGAUACCUGCCGCAAGAUCAGCGCCAUCCCUGAAGGACCCAAAGGGUAUCGCAUGGUGUCGGAGGGAGCCGUGUGGAUCAACCACAGCCGGACAGACAAGCCAGAGCAAGUGUUGAUCCCUAAACUCCACAUCCUUUCCAACGGACUCACCCUGCUCAGGGUGGGCAAGAGGAACUAUUACAUCAUUAAGUGGCUCGGACUCUGAGGCCACCCGCCCUCAGGAAGGGACCAGUUUACUGUAAUGGACUAAUGGGCAGGUAGGGCAGCUGCACCGUGUUGAGGUCACUGAGUGGAUAUGGAUGGACGGACAUUUUGGGACAACAUAGAUUUUUGGAAUUGUCUUCAUCUCUUGGCAGCAGCCUUUGGUUGUUAGAUAUAUCUGUUCACAUAUGAAUGCACAGAUAUAACACUGAUGUACGAAUACGGUAUUAAAAAAUGAUUGAUAGAAGGAUCGUUCCCUGUGGACUCUGUACAACUCCAGUGGUUUGAGAAAGUGAACGCUAGGGGUCAGUCUUGUCCCAGCCAUAAGUUUGGUGUUGGUCAUGGCUGCAGCUCCAGCAUUGCCUGGUAUGACCCCGUAGUUAAAUAACCGUUGACGUGAAAAUUAAACAGUAUGUUCUCUUCCUAACAGGUUAUAGUUCAGUUGACAUGAAAAAACACUUCUAUGAAUUUUAAUGCACAAAUUUAACUGACAUCUUUCUAAAUUGGGUUACAUGCUUUCUCGGAGGAGGGAGGUGUAAACUGCACCAGAAAGAAAAGAAAGGAGUGAGAGUUUAUUUUAGAUUCCAAGCUUGGAGAUUAUUUUCAGACAAAAUAACAUAUUUUUCAUAUUCCAGAGAAAUUUUUAGGAUAUUUUCCGUGCUAGAAAAUAAUGGUUCCUGUCAAAGAACUAAGGUUUUCACUAUUGGUGUAAAUAACUACCUCUAAUUCUUGACACACAGGAUCAAAAUUUGUAUAUAUUUUUUAAGGUUUAUAUUUUUCUGUACAUAUAAAUACUUGUUGAUGAGAAGGUCUGCAUGGCUUCGCCCCAUUUUUCUCCAGAAGCUGCUGGAGAAGAGGAGAGUCUGGUGAUGUGGUGACCUUGGCUUACCCCUCUCAGCUCAACACAGUUGGUGUUAACACCAUGUCAUAAAGAUACAGAUUUGUUCGAUUUGCAGUAUUUAUUUUUUUUCUUUGUCAUUUGGGUUAUGGUUGAAAUUUCUUGAUGCAGUGGGGGGUGUACCUACUCAAGCAGUGGGCCCACACCUUGGAGGUUAAACUAUGUCUUUUCAAACUUGUCAAACCUUUUAAGGUGGAAUGUUUGCAGCAAAGUCACUGGUUUCGCCCAGUUCUGGUUACUGACUUUAAUCUUUUGCAAUAUCUCAGUAUGUACAUUUUCCUGACAACAGAAGAGCUCAAGAGGAACUAAACUUUCAAAUGUCCACAUCACAGUUUUACUUAUUGCCCAUGUGAUUUUAGUAAGUAUAUUAUUUUUUUUAAAAAAGGUCUUAACACAAAGCAAAGAAAAAAUGCAUUGUCAUGCUGAGGCACAUAUUUCCUCCAGUUUAAUUCAGUUUAAUUAAUUCUGUCAGGUUGCCUUAUAUCAGCAUUAAGCAUUGUAAGAUUCAGAUUCAUUAUAUAGAUUUUUAAGCUGCUUUGGUGUUUUGUUGAUACAGUGACAACUUAUACAGAUCUGCAUUCCUAUAGGCAUUGCAGGGUGUGUACAAGUUUCAUUGACUUUAAAUUGUUUUAAGUGUUGUUAUGAGGAAAUGAAAGCCCAAUUUGGCAACUGAAAAAAAUAAUAAUAAUAUGCACAUUUUUAUAAAAGCACAUAAAAAUUAUCUAAUCUGUAGGCCUCUGAGAAUAUAUGACUGGGUUUAUUUCUCAGUGUGACAUGAAGCCCCAAAAUUGCAGCAUUUUCACUGCAGCUAAAGUUGAAUUUAUGAAGAAAAAAUGCUUUACAAAACUGUUAAUUUCCUUUAGUCCCUCAGUCAAAUAUUUUAAGGGCCUGUGGGAACCAUGGUCAACGAUUAUGUUAAGUUUCACGUUCAUAUCAGUUUCCUAAGCGUUGAUGUAUUGUUAUAAAAUUUUCGCUGCCAUGAAAAAGGCCUUGAAUAAAGUUUGAUGAAACUUGCA